AUGGCCAACCAAAAGAUACAAAGACCGUACAGAACAACAUUACCAGUUCCGGGUCAUUCCGAGGUGAAUCUGUGUUCAGUGUUAUCACUGGGCAAAGAUCUCAGCAAGAUCGCCAUGCCGGUCAUCUUCAACGAACCGCUUUCUUUCCUUCAGCGUGUCGCCGAGUACAUGGAGUACGCUAAAUUGCUGAAAUUAGCAGCCAACGAGGAAACUCCUGUUGGAAGGCUACAGUACGUUGCCGCUUUCGCUGUGAGCGCUUUGGCUUCGAAUUGGCAGAGGCUUGGCAAACCUUUCAAUCCAAUAUUGGGCGAGACGUAUGAGCUGGAGCGCGAGGACUUCCGAAUAGUCUGCGAGCAAGUGUCGCAUCAUCCGCCUGUGUCAGCGUUUCACGCGGACUGCGAGGACUUCGUGUUCCACGGUAGCAUACACCCGAAAUUGAAAUUCUGGGGCAAAUCGAUAGAGAUACAACCGAAAGGCACCGUCACCGUAGAACUUCCCAGAUGGAGAGAAGCGUACACUUGGCAGAAUGUGAACUGUAUACUGCACAACGUGUUAGUGGGCCAAUUAUGGAUGGAGCAACAAGGCUCUCUAGAGAUCAAACAGUGUGGCGUAGCGAAUUUAAAAGCGAGCCUCACAUUCAAGAGCUCCAGCUGCAACGGGAAGGAUCUCCAUCGCGUCGAAGGCUUCAUAACGGAUCAAGAAAAGAGGAGACUCCUGUUUCUUUACGGAAAAUGGACGGAGAAAAUGAACGUCUGCGAGCCUUCGAUGUACGAGGAGGCGCUGGAGACAGUGAAACGCGAGGCGAAGAGUCCUCAGGGGAGUCCAGGACAUAAGAAGGUCCUCGCGAAGCUGCACAGCCUCAAGGUCGGGGCUUUUAAACCCUCUCAUCAGGAUGCAAUUGAAGAUCCAUCUGCAAGUAUAGACGGAGAAGACAGUCCAACGGUCGACUACAUUCCUGGAUCGACAACACUCUGGGAAGUUGUCCCGAGGCCGGCUAACAGUCCAGACAAUUAUCACUUCACAACGUUUGCAAUGUCGUUAAACGAACUGACACCGGAAAUGGAGAGAGUUCUGUGCCGGACUGACUCGAGAUUAAGGCCGGAUAUUAGGAAACUGGAGAAAGGAGAUAAAGACGGGGCUGCGUUUGAGAAAUCGAGGCUCGAAGAGAAGCAACGAGACACGCGUAAAGCUCGAAAGCACAAAAAAGGCGAGGAAUGGACGCCCAGGUGGUUCCAAUUAGGCGAGAAUCCGCACACGGGUCAUGCGGACUGGCUUUAUCGUGGGGGAUACUGGGAACGUAAUUACGGCAAUACGGAGGACAUAUUUUAAUAAACCUGAG